CCGCAGGCUGCAGAUAGGGAUGAAGUUGCAUGGGAUAUACGGUUUAACUUUUGUAUUAGGUGAUAAAAUAAAGCAACCAAUAUCCAACAACUAAGCGCCUGUAGCUCAGUGGAUAGAGCGUCUGUUUCCUAAGCAGAAGGUCAUAGGUUCGACCCCUAUCUGGCGCGUUUACUUUUUUCACUGUUCAUUUUCCUGGUAGCCUUCUGGUUUUCUUUUGAAAUUUUCAAGAAGUAUGCAUGAGCAGAUGAGCUCUUGGCUCCCCUCAACUAAACUGUAUCUGUAUAGCUCAGAUCAAAAGAUAUUCUACAAUGCAGUACUCUUCACAUGAUCAACCUAAACACAGAUGCCAAAUAGCAACCUAGAGCCAACUUCAAACAACCAACCAUCCUCUUUGGUUUUGAGGACAGCAUGGUGACAUACCCGUUUCCCCAGCCAGCCUAUAUAUCCACACAACUCUCUUCCAACUUUAAUGCUUCAACACUAGUCUCUCUUCCACAUUUGAACAUGUCCAUAGUUGCAGAAGCACCUGGCUUCUUCCAGCUGUUCUCAGAUGGCUCAGUCAAACGCUUCUAUCCAGAAUCAGUCCCUCAUUCCUCGGAAGAAUCAUUGUCGCCAAAUGGGUUCAAGUUCAAGGAUGUUACGAUUGACCCAUCGAAGCCAGUAACUGCUCGGAUAUUCAUCCCAGCUGACCAAGGGUCAAAGCUUAAGCUCCCGGUUCUGGUCUACUUCCAUGGUGGUGGUUUCUGCAUUGGCUCGACCACCUGGUUGGGCUACCACCAUUUCCUUGGAGACUUCUGUGUCAAAUCUCAAAGCAUUAUCGUCUCAGUGGACUAUCGCCUUGCACCAGAAAACCGCCUGCCAAUAGCUUAUGAGGAUUGCUACAGCUCAUUGGAAUGGUUGAAACAGCAAGUCAACUAUGAUUCUGACCCUUGGCUUCGAGCAGCUGACAUAUCGCGGAUCUUCCUAUCUGGAGAUAGUGCUGGAGCCAACAUCACACACCAGGUUGCCAUCAGGGCAUCCAGGAACAAAGAUCGCCAUGUUAGUGUAAAAGGGUUGUUGAUGAUACAUCCUUAUUUUGGAAGUGAGAAGAGGACUGCAAAGGAAAAUUGCGAUGAUGCAGUUGAGGAUGUGAAAAUGAAUGACUUGUUCUGGGGACUAAGCAUACCUGAAGGGUUAACACGUGAUUACUACGGCUGCAACUUUGAGAAGCAACUAGAUGUUUCUGCUGCUGAAUGGAGUGCAUUCCCAGCCGUGACUGUGUAUGUAGCUGGCCUAGAUUUCUUGAAGGAGAGGGGAGUGAUGUACGGAGAGUUCUUGGCAAAGAAAGGAGUUAAGGAGGUGGCAAUAGUGGAAGCCGAGAAUCAGCCACACAUCUACCAUGUGUUUCAACCUGAAUCUGAUGCAACUCGAUUGCUUCAGAGUCAGAUGAGCAAGUUCAUUGAGAGUCAUUAAGCAUUUUCAGAUUGGCUGUCACAGUACGAAGGCAACAUACACAAUAAAAAAGAUAAAAGUAA